AUGUCCCGGUCUAUUUUUAAGCGAAAUACAAGAUGUAUUUAUCAAAGACGCAUAAUGCAAUCAAUGACUUGGAGAAACGUUCUUAAUAAACAACAGCAUAAUCAAAAUUUUGCUUCCGCAGCAAAUUUAAAAGGUGAAUGUUCAAAAUUCGUUGAUGAGCAACCACCAAUUCAAACUAGUACGCCGCCACCUACACCGCCUACACCACCUAAUCCUGUACCAUCAGAUAUUCUCGGAGCCUCUUUACCAUUUGUGAAUCAAUAUGGAUGGACGAUUGAUACAUUAGCACAAGGAGCGAAAGCAUUAGGAUACCCGUACGUUAGUCAUGGAUUAUUUCCGAGAGGUGGAGCGGAGUUGAUCGACUAUUUUUUGGAUGAUUGUAGAAGAAAAAUGACACAUGAAAUUUUCGACAAGAUGGAUGGAUUAAAGGUUCAUCAAAAGAUACGAUUUGCGUGUGUAACUCGACUAAAUCUUACAAAACCAUACAUAAAAAGAUGGCCUGAGGCACUUGCGAUCAUGGCACAACCAAAUAAUGUUUUAAUGUCGGUUGAACAUUUAGCGAGGUUAGUUGACGAUAUGUGGUAUCUGGCGGGGGAUAAAAGUGUUGACAUGAAUUGGUAUUCUAAACGAGGAAUCCUUGCUGCUAUUUAUUCAUCUACAGAAUUGUAUAUGGUACAAGAUACAUCACCGGAAUUCAUAGGAACAUUUCAGUUUUUAGAUCGAAGACUGAAGGAUAGUGCUACAUUUGGACGAAUAGUUGGAGACGUUAAUAAUUAUGUUGAUGUUGCUAUUAGAUCUGCUAUUGGAAUUCUAUCCUCGAAAGGGAUAGGAAAAUUUUAG